GGUUGCCUCUUUCCUUAUGCCACUCUGCUUUCCCCCAAAUUUUCCUCCCCAUCUUCCACCUUGGCACAUCCUGGCACGGGAGCGGGCAGGCCAGGAGCACUCCUGUGAUCCCAGGCUGUGAUGGGGCAGGGUGUGAGGUACCUGCGAGCGUGUGUGCACACCUGUGCUCGCGUGUGCACAGUGGGAGCCUGCCCGAUCCCCUCUCCCCCAUAAGACCCCCAAAUCCUGUCCGCAGAGCCCAGCAUCCAGCCAGGACCAUCCCUCCACGCGUGUCCCCACACGUGCCGACAGACACACGGUGACGUCCCCACAAUGCGGGGCCGGGGGCUGCGUGGGCACGGUGCCCGUGCGCUGACCCCCCAGCCGGGGUGCCUGCGUGGGCACGCGUGUGCCGCUGUGUGACUCCGCGUGUGUCACGGUGCCUGCGUGGGCGUGAAGCUGCAGGGUGGGGGGUACCACCCCCCCGGCCCCCAUUGGCAGCUCUCCUCUCGCCCACCCACGCCGUGCCAUGGGCAGAGCCCCUUAUUUAGCGCCGCGCAGCAGCUGCUGCCCCGGUACUUCACCUCCCGGCUGAGCCCGGGCCGGGGGAGCUGCCCACUUUUGCUGACCACCGCUGCUGCCCACCGCUGCUGACCACCACUGCCGACCACCAAAGCUGCUGACCAUCACUGCCCACCACGCCUCAAGGAGUCCCUGCUCCGCAGCCACCGGCGAUCAGGGUCCCUCAGGCCUCCGCUCCACCGGAGGGCUCGGCAGAGCCCGGUUCGGUGUCAGAUUCUCCCGGGCCGCCCCAUCGAGGAGUCGCCGUUCGGGACAGCCCCGGGCCCCUCCGCUCCCUCGCUGAUCUCCAGCUCCCCCUGAGGAUGAGGAACCGAGCGGUGCUGGCCGUGCUGCUCCUCCUGGCGCUGCCGCUCGCCCUCGCCCGCCGCGCUCCCGCCGCCCCGCCGGGCCCCGCGCAGGUACGGCCGUCGGGGAGGGAGCAGAGGGGGAUGCCCGUCCCGGAGCCGCUGCCGUGGAGCGCCCGCGGCAGCCCCGGGGCCGCCGCCGCCGCCGCGCUGGAGCUGCUGCGGGAGGAGGGCGCCGGUCCCCCCGCGGCGCCGCAGAAGAGAGACAUGCACGAUUUCUUCGUGGGGCUCAUGGGGAAGCGAGCAGCGGAGCCCGGGCGAGCGGCGGGGCGCGGCGGCAGCGGCCCGGCCCCCCGGUGCUCCCCGGGACCCCCCGCGCCCGGCGAGGCCCCGCUGCGGGCGGCCUGAGCCGCGGAACGAGCCCCCCACGCGCGGAGCGGCCCGGGCGGGGUUGUGUCCGGUGUCCCGGGGACGGUGGGACCGAGCGCGGGAGCGUCCCGGGCGCCGGCGGCCACGGAGCCGUGAUGGGAACCGGCGGGAGCGUCCCGCCCCACGCGCGCGUGUCCGUGCACCUGUGUACACCUGGACGUGCCCCGCUAUACACCCACCCCACGGUGUCCCCGCGGGACACGCGCAAA